CACGAGUGCAAAGACAAAAUCCACACAUUUCCACUGUAAAUACACAAUACCAGAUAUAACCCUGUAUUUUCUCGCACUCUUCAACAACAGAGACAUGGGGGAAGAGAAGAGGCACCAGAUGAUGCAGAAUCUGUUCGGCGACGAUCAGUCCGAAGAGGAAGAAGAAGAGAUUGAUUCCGAACACGAGUCCAAUCCCCAGCCUAAUUACGUUUCGGAUGAAGCUGAGGGAGGUCUAGAGGUUGAUGUUGAAGGUGAUGGGGAAGCUGAAUUACAGGAGGGGCAUGGGGAGGUAGACGUGGAAAGUGAAGGAGAAAUGCGUGGUGUAGAACCUGAUCCUGGAGAAAGUGAGGGUGAAAGAGAUCAAAGUUCCCAAGAGGUAGAUGUUGUUGGUCAAAGGGAAGAAAGUGAAGCAAAAUAUACAGACAGUGAUGAGAAGGAAGAAUAUGGUCAAAGAGUUGUGACAAGCAAGAGAAGGGAAGUAGUUGAAAGUGGAUCAGAGCGAUCUGAGGAAAACCAUUACCCUGAUAAUGAAGAUGAAGAGAUUGACCAUGUUAGAAGUCCAAGCAGUCGGUCACCUGGGGAGGAAAAGGAUCAAACACAUAUUUUGCACUCUGCUGCUGAGAUUCGUGAUGUAUUUGGUGACUCAGAUGAAGAUGUUGGAGAGUAUGCAAUUCAGAAUGACAUUGACCAAUAUUCAAAUAGAUCUCCUAUGGAAGAUGAAGGGAGCUAUGGAAAAAGUUUAAGACCAGAUGAUUUGGUGCCUGAUGAGGAUAUGCAGUAUGAGUCAGAAGAGGAGCAAAUUGAGCCCAAACCUAAAGAGAAGCCAGUUGGCCCCCCGUUAGAGCUAGAAAUUCCAUUGCGUCCACCUCCAGCUGAUCCAACUUCGAUGAAUAUGAUCAAAGUUUCUAAUAUAAUGGGCAUUGACCCAAAGCCAUUUGACCCUAAGACAUAUGUGGAAGAGGAUACCUUUGUGACAGACGAGUCUGGAUCAAAAAAGCGAAUACGCUUGGAAAACAAUAUAGUGCGCUGGAGGGCUGUUACAAAACCAGAUGGCUCAAAAUCGUAUGAAAGCAAUGCACGCUUCGUGAGAUGGUCAGAUGGCAGUUUGCAGUUAUUAAUUGGGAAUGAAGUUCUUGACAUUUCCGUCCAAGAUGCACAACAUGAUCAUGCGCACCUUUUCCUUAGACAUGGAAAGGGAAUCCUCCAAUCCCAAGGAAGAAUUUUAAAGAAGAUGAGGUUUAUGCCAUCAUCCCUAUCAUCAAAUUCUCAUAGACUAUUGACUGCUCUUGUUGACUCACGACAUAGGAAAGUUUAUAAGGUUAAGAACUGUGUCACAGACAUUGAUCCUGAGAGAGAAAAGGAAGAGAAAGAAAAGGCUGAGAGUCAAACAAUUAGAGCUAAUGUACUUCUAAACCGGAAGAGGGAAAAGAUAAAUCGGAAGUACACGCAAACUGUAGACAGGAAGCGACAACUUUCAACUGGGUAUUUGGAGGAUGCUUUAGAAGAGGAUGAUGAGACAGAUUAUCAUGACUCUCGUCGUUCUCGCCGACGCUUUGAGGAAGAGCUGGAAGCUGAAGCUCGAGCAGAGAAACGCAUUAUUAACGCUAAAAAGGGAUACAGGGACAUCCCCCGGAAAUCAUCCUUACCAGCUGCUAAAUCGUCAAGGCGGCCUGUGGAUUUCUCUGAUAGUGAGAGAGAGGAGUCUGAAUAUGAAACUGAUGGAGAGGAAGAUGAGAGUUCCCCUUUACGCAAGAGGGUUGGGGAACCAGAACAGGAAUAUGAGGAGGAAGAAGAGGAGCAUGAAGAAGACCCAGAUAUUAACAGGGCAUCUGAGGAGGAGGCUGAGGAACCUAGGCAAAAAGGAAGCAAUCUGAAGCGCAGGGGAAUGGAGUCAGACGAGGACUCACCACCAAGAAAGAUGCCAACACAUCGUCGAAUGGCAGUUGUUUAUGACAGUGAUGAGGAAUGAAAACAACAACUUUCUUCGGACAGUUUGACAAAGUAAGUAUCUCAUAUUUCUUUAUCAACAUGGUUUGUCACUGAUGAUUUGAGGAAUAUUUUCUAAACUUGAAAUAUCUGGAAAUAUUUUAUUGACUGUCAGCAUUUGAAAUAUAUUUGUUUUCUAAUAUUUUAGAAAGUUUGACAUUAGCUCUAAGUAUAAGAUAAAAUUAUAUAAAAUAAAAAAUUGUUGAAGGAA